AUGGACAAUCUGUUCGACCUGCUGCAGCUCAUCGAAGAUACGAGGAUCGCGCACAGGGCCCUCGACGAUCGGUUCGACGACGGCAUGUCGCGGACCACGAAGGACGUGGAGUCCCUGACGAGCGCGUGGUGCGUGUUGAUACAGAGCUGCCAGACGGUGGUCAGAUCCGUCGACCGGCGUCUCGACGACGUGGAGGAGGUCGUGGUCGCCCUGUUGGACCCACCCGCCGGAGACGUCGGGACGGACCCGGCGUUGCCGAACGGCGAGGACUUCGAGGACGAUCUACGAGGCCUGUUGGACGCGCAGUCCGCGAACACGCUGCUGCGGCACAGGAUAGAGUCGUGCAACCAGGGGCUGAUCAGGCGCCUCUCCCGGCUGCAAGCAUGCGCGGCGCUCGGUUGGAACUCCCUCGCGAGGCUGUGUCCCUGGGCCCGCCGGUCGACCUACGAUCGAGCGGUGCUGGACAUCACGGACCUCAUGGUGCGCCUGUCGGCGUCGUACGGGCUCCAGCUGCGCCAGAACGCACGCCUGCGGGAGGGGCUGUGUGCCUUGAGCGAGACUCUCGGGGGCGUCCUGACGGCCUUGGAGCUCGCCGCGGUCGGCGAGGAAGACCCGACGACCAGACUAACAACACAGACAGCCCCGGCAAUGGCCGCACGAGACGUCAGGCGCACGCCGGCCGACGUGCUGUUCGCUUCCACGAAUGCGCCCUUCGAGAUCCCAGCGCCCGACGCGCGCAGGGCGCCCCCGUUCGUCCCCGCCAGGGAGCCCACGCUCGAGGAGCAACACGUGUUCGACGUCCUGCGGACCGAGCCGAUCGAGAUCCACUUUGCCUUCUUCUGCAGGGACAACAUCGAGCUGCUGCAGCGGCUGCUGUACGCGAGGGUGUUCCAGAAAUGCGGGUAUCGGAUCGACCGCCAGUACGACGAGCACCUCGUGGCCGCCAUGAUGCGGGUGUUCGAGGAGAACUGCCGGUACUCCCCCUUCGACGUCGCCGAGCAGGUGUCGGAGUUGAACGAGAUCCUCCUCGCUCAACUCGUCCCGAUGGUGGUCACGAACAUCGGCUCGCAGGUCCGUUACCUACGAGACAUGGCGCGGCUCCCGGUGCCCCUCGAGCGGGGGCUGGCCACCAGCACGGUCGGCACGAACCAGUCUCUUCCGCGCCAACCGGGCGUCUGA